ACAUAACAAAAUAAUCUGAAAUCAUAUAACCAACUUGUACACUCAAUUCCUUUCUUGAUGUUACAUAUACUCCAAAUAAAUCUCUAAUUUUCUUCAAGUGCUUAAUGUUUCAACUAGGUUUCACCUUGGAAUCUUGUUCUUUCUUGAAUCUUUAUGUUAACCAAAAAUUCUUCCUUUAAGGGAAACUUUUAUCCUUUGUGCAGUUUCUUGGAUCCCAAGUAUAAAUAACCAUUGAGAAACAAAAACCAAACAAACCUAUCAACUUUUUUAAAAAAAAAAAAUGGGUCAUGGCUACAUUUUGGGGUUCUUGUUGGUUUGGUUGAUUGGUUAUGAUCAAGAUUUGGUUAAGGGUGUAAAAGGGUUAGCAUGUAAUUGGGGGACUCAAACAACUCAUCCUCUACAGCCUAACAUAGUGGUUCAAUUAUUGAGAGACAAUGGUUUUGACAAGGUUAAGUUAUUUGAAGCUGAACCCGGUCCACUCAAAGCUUUGGGUCACUCUGGUAUUGAAGUUAUGGUUGGUAUACCAAAUGAUUUUCUGGCACCACUUGCAAGUAGUGUUCAGGCUGCUGUCAAUUGGGUUCAACAAAAUGUUUCUGAUUACAUAUCUAGAUAUGGAGUUGAUAUAAGGUAUGUUGCUGUAGGAAAUGAACCAUUUCUGAAGACAUAUAAGGAUACUUAUCUUCAGACAACAUAUCCAGCACUGCAAAAUAUUCAAGCAGCCUUAAUUAAAGCUGGCUUAGCAAGACAAGUGAAGGUGACAGUACCACUAAAUGCAGAUGUCUACCAGACCGAUUCCGGAUUGCCUUCCGGUGGCGAUUUCCGAGCCGAUAUCCGCGAUCUAAUGAUCGCUAUUGUCAAGUUUCUCAGUGACAGUAAUGCUCCUCUUACAAUCAACAUCUACCCAUUCCUUAGCCUUAACGCUGAUCCCAAUUUCCCGAAAGACUACGCCUUCUUCGGCGGCUCUGCCGCCCCGGUUGUCGACGGUUCAAUAUCCUAUACCAAUGUGCUCGAGGCAAACUACGACACUCUUAUUUCUGCUCUUGAAAAGAACGGUUUCUCGAAUAUGACUGUCAUCAUUGGUGAGAUUGGAUGGCCAACAGACGGCGAUCCUAGCGCAAAUCCAGCUUAUGCUCAGAAGUUCUAUCUUGGACUUAUGAAUCGAAUAUUUCAAGGUCAAGGCACCCCAAAACGCCGAACUCCUCCUGAUAUCUAUCUGUUUUCGCUCCUUGAUGAGGAUCGUAAAAGUGUCCAGCCCGGAAAUUUCGAAAGGCACUGGGGUGUGUUCUACUUUGACGGAACAAUCAAGUAUCAACUCAAAAUGGGGAAUGGGAAAUCUCUUGUUCCGGCAAAAGGUGUGAAGUAUUUGCGCAGAGAGUGGUGCAUAAUGUCACCUGAUGCCAGCAUGAUUGACCCCAAUUUUCCCGGUAGCCUGAGCUACGCUUGCUCUUACGCGGACUGCACGAGUCUCGGAUUUGGAUCUUCAUGCGGUAGACUGGAUGCCAGAGACAAUGCCUCUUAUGCUUUUAACAUGUAUUACCAGACAAUGGAUCAGAGAAAGGGUUCAUGUGAAUUUAACAACUUAACAGCUCUUACAACUCUCGAUCCAUCUCAAGAUACUUGCAGAUUCGAGAUUAUGAUUGAUCUUGGAAAGCAUGAGACAGCCGCACGUCAUAGCUCUUUUGCUAUAAGAAAACAUACCUCAACAAUGGCUCUGAUUUUAGCAUUGCUGUUGAUACUUUAUGGUGCUUUCUGAGACCCAGCUUACGGCCUGCAUUGUAACUCAUUCCCAGCAGAAAAAUAUUCAAAUUUUUUGUUUUGCCAUAGUUCAGUUGCUUUUACAAACAGCAUUGCAGAUUGUGUAAUUGUUUGGCACACAAAUGUAAAUAAAUAGAUCACUAGCUUUCAAUUUAUCA